AUGUGGGAAAGAGAAAUAGUCAGCGAGGGAGCGCGCGGGCGAGAGGUCGGGAGCGCGCGGCGAGGGGUCGGGAGCGCGCGGGCGAGGGGUCGGGAGCGCGCGGGCGAGGGGUCGGGAGCGGGCGGGCGAGGGGUCGGGAGCGCGCGGGCGAGGGGGCGCGAGCGCGCGGGCGAGGGGUCGGGAGCGCGCGGGCGAGGGGUCGGGAGCGCGCGGGCGAGGGGUCGGGAGCGCGCGGGCGAGGGGUCGGGAGCGCGCGGGCGAGGGAACGAGGCCGGGAGCGGGGAACGAGGGCGGGAGCGGGGAGCGCGGGAACGAGGGCGCGAGCGAGGGAACGGGAGCGAGGGCGCGAGGGAGGGAACGGGAGCGAGGGCGCGAGGGAGGGAACGGGAGCGAGGGAACGGGAGCGAGGGAACGGGAGCGCGGGAACGGGAGCGAGGGAACGAGGGCGGGAACGAGGGAACGAGGGCGGGAACGGGAGCGAGGGAACGAGGGCGGGAACGAGGGCGGGAGCGAGGGAACGAGGGCGGGAGCGAGGGAACGAGGGCGGGAGCGAGGGAACGAGGGCGGGAGCGAGGGAACAAGGGGGCGCGAGUCAGCGGGAACUAG